UCUAUAUUUGUUAUUAAUCGCGGUAGGUAAUAGACGAAAAUGUCUAAUAGAGAAAGUGAAACUAAUUCUGCGAGUGAACUAAAUGGUAAUGCAUGGGAGAAUGUCAUCGAGAUCGAGGAAGAUACGAAAAAAAGCGCCAGCGAGGUAGUCGACAUAAGCCGGAAGGCUUUUUUUGCGGGGAAGUCGCGGAGUUUGGAAUUCAGAAAGGAUCAGUUGAAGAAGUUGUUGGUGUUUCUGGAGGAGGAGAGGGAUGGUUUGAAUAAGGCGCUUUAUUUGGAUUUACGUAAACAUAAAAUGGAAUCCGAAGUAUGCGAAAUAGAACUCGUAGCCAACGAUUUAAGACAUACGUUAAUAGACCUCAAAGAAUGGGCCAAGCCUUUUAAACCAGAAAAGAGACUGAUCAAUUUUCUUGAUGGUGUUUAUAUUUACAGCGAUCCGUAUGGAGUUGUACUAGUUAUUGGGGCAUGGAACUAUCCGUUGUUGCUUACAUUAGGACCGGUUGUAGGUGCUAUAGCUGCAGGAAAUACUGUAAUUUUAAAACCCUCCGAACUGGCACCGUAUACUGCCGACUUUCUUGCCACAGUAUUAACCAAAUACCUGGACAGACAAUGUUUUCAAGUUUAUUUAGGAGGCAUUGAAGAAACCUCCGAACUCUUGGAAGAAAAGUUUGAUUAUAUUUUCUUUACCGGUUCUACGCAAGUGGGGAAAAUUGUGAAUCUUGCAGCAGCGAAACAUUUAACCCCAGUCACUUUGGAAUUAGGUGGUAAAAGUCCAGUGUAUUUGGAUGAGUCAGCUGACAUUCAAAAAGCAACCAGAAGAAUCAUGUGGGGUAAAUUUACAAAUAGCGGUCAAACCUGCGUUGCUCCAGACUAUCUUUUAUGUACUAAGGCAACAGAAACCCAAUUUUUACAAGAAGCCAAAAAAGUUCUGACAGAAUUUUAUGGAUCUGAUCCAAAAAGUUCGACAUAUCUAAGCAAAAUAAUCACCGAGAGACAUUUUAAAAGAUUACUGGACUUUAUCCAACCUGAACACGUUGCAAUUGGAGGAAAGUUUAACACCGACGAAAGGAUUAUAUCACCUACAAUUCUUAUAAAUGUUAGUUUAGAUGAUCGAGUGAUGAAAGAAGAAAUUUUUGGGCCCAUUUUACCUAUUAUAAACGUGAAUAACGCCGAGGAAGCCAUACAAUUUAUCAAUGAAAGGGAAAAACCACUUGCUUUAUAUGUUUUGGCGAAAGAUAAGAAAGUACAAGAUGCCUUUCUGACUCGAACAUCAUCUGGAGGUGUUACAGUUAAUGAUACACUAAUGCAUUUAACAACGGAGAAUUUACCAUUUGGUGGUGUGGGUUUCAGUGGAAUGGGCUCUUACCAUGGUAAACAGGGAUUCGAUACAUUUUCCCAUCAAAAGUCUGUGUUAGUAAAGGACUUCACUGGACUGACGGAGCUCUCGCUUUCUUUGAGGUAUCCUCCUUACAAUGAUGUCAAACUAAGUAUUCUAAACUGCGUUUUGAAGAAAAGACAUGGUAUUCCAAAUAGCUAUUUUAAAAAUGCUGGAUUAUUUUCUGCUGGGUUUAUGGCUUCAUAUGCCUUUCAUUUUAUGUGGUGCCUUAUAGAUGGCUGCAAAUAUUAGUUUAGUUUAAUUAUUACCUAUUUAUUUUUGAAAAAUUAAUGAGUGAUAAGCUUGCCAUUACAGAUUCUGUAUUUCCUUUCCACCAAGGAAUGAAUCUAUAGAUCUGUCUUAACUAUCUGACUAUCAGGCUCUGUUUGGUGAUCUCUUUACAUGGUCUAUUUCUAUUUGUUUUUUCUGAGACACAUAAAUAUUUUAUGAAAUGAAUUUCGAAUUUAAACAAAAACAAAGCCGUAGAUUUUCUUAUUUUAAAUAUUUUAUCUUUUCAAUCUAAUAACAUUAAAGUACCCCGCACAAGCCUUAUGGAAAUUAGGUCCCAGUGGAUUUCGUUCAUACUUUGGGAAAAUACUCUUUGAAGCAUCCUGAUAAAAAGUUCUUAUGGGCACAACUCAAUCGUAUAAAGCAUUUUCAAGAUAUAGAGGCACAAACUCGAAAAAUUAUAAGAUUUACUGGGUAUUUCAAUUCCCUGAGUUACUGGUUAUCUGGCAACAUGUAGAAGUUUGGAUCGAGGAAAAGUACUAGUAGGCUAUGAUUUUUUCCUGGCUAUCCAAUGGAGACCUUUACUUUGACCUUGACCUUCAACGGACGUCAUCUUCUAUAGUUUCGAGAGUUUUAGGCAUUAAAUUGAUAUAACAGAUUACUCAUGGGUUUUACGGAUCGCUAAACACCAAUAUGCCAUCAGAAUUGACCUCCGGAGGACGUGGUGGCCAGGGCCAUUGCAAGGGACGUCAUCUUCUAGAGUCUAGAGUUUCGACGGUUUUCGGGAUUUAAUUGAUGCAAGUGAAUUACUGGAAAGUAUUUUAAGGCUAAACUCGAAUAUGCCACCAGAACCGACUCCCGGACCACCUGGUUUCCAAGGUCGAUGAAAGGGGCUCCUGGAGUUUCGAGGGUCUUUAAUGCAAACGGAUUAGUUAUAGGUUUUUGGGGUUGCUGAAUACGAAUAUGUGAUCAGCACAGACACAGGAGCAUCUGGUGCCUAAUACAGGUUAUCUUCUGGAGUUUCAGAGAAAUAAAAUGGAGGAAUCAAAUGGAUUACUCUUAGGUUUUUGACUCCAGAAGAUAACCUGUUUUAGGUACCAGGUGCUCCUGUGUCUGUGCUGAUCACGCAUUCGUGUUCAGCAACCCCAAAAACCUAUAACUAAUCCGUUUGCAUUAAGCUAGUACCAAAGAUCCUCGAAACUUCAGGAGCGCCUUUCAUUGACCUUGGAAACCAGGUGCUCCGUUAGUCGGUUCUGGUGGCAUAUUCGUAUUUAUCGACCUCAAAAAACCCUCCAGUAAUUCAUUUGCAUCAAUUAAAUGCCGAAAACCAUCGAAGCUCUAGAAGAUGACGUCACUUGCAGUGGUAGAAAAUAUUAUCGAACGUAUUACAUGACCUAAACGGCUUUGGAAGAGACAUUCUAUAAGAGUGAAGGACAAGAGAUGGGCAAAAAAUUGCUAGUGAAGCCAGGCAGACGUGAAAUUGAAACCUGGACCAACUAGAAAGCACAGGCGCAGAACAGAGAUAGAUAAAAAUAUCCUUAGUUUAACAAUGAACUAUAAUCCAUUUUAUUGCAGUUAUUUCCAUAAAUACUGUUGUACUUUAUUUAAUUGACAAUGUUCACAUAGGUGUGCAAAAUGGUUAUAUUCUAUAACCAUCGUUUCGAAAUGUCUCAUAAUUUUAUAUAAAAUUUGGUUGUUAUAGGUAUUCUAUUAUGCAAUAUAAAACUUUUUUAAAUUCUUUUGUCACAUAUGUGUAAGAAAUUAAUUUUAUAACUUAAUUAAUAUAAGUAGUUGAUGUAAAUUUAGCCGCUAAUAUCAAUGAUUAAAAGUGUACAAUAUAACUGGAAGCCUUAGAAGUGCCUUAAAAAUUAAUUUAUGUUUAAUAAAUGAAUCUAUUAUACUUUAGAUGUGACAAACUAAUAUAGUAGCUAACACCAGUUGUUUCAAAAUACUUUGUAAAUAAUUUAUUUUAAAUAAAUACUUAUAAGACAUU